GAGGAAAUUCUGUCAGGAGAGGCAGUCCUGGGAAGGUGGCUGCACCCACCGGGUGCCAGACUGACCUCACAAUGUGUUGCUGUAGCAACAAGAUAAAUGGAACUGCAGGAGGAGGAGCUGGUGGUGUUGCUUGGUCCAAGCUGGAUUGCCUGGGAGAGUAGCUGGGACAACCGCUGCUGGCCUGGCCCUCUGUGAGCACCAGCCUUUCAGAGGGGUGGAAAGGGGUCCAUAGGGCAGGCCUCCUUUCAGUGCCUUUGGAGCUAAACCAGCAACUCCCUGCAACAGAGGUGUCUCCUUUGCCAAACCAAGAGAGGUGUUGACCCUUUGCUUUCCUCCGUUGCCCAUCUUGAAGGCAGCUGUGUGGAGCUGGCUGAUCUUGACUGACCCAGGCCUGGCCAUGGGUUUGUGGCCCUGAGAGCGCCAGGACAAGGGGGCUGGGAUGCAGUCUCUGGAGUCUGGGCAGGAGGCUGGUCCUGAGGACUGGCAAGCCACCGAACUGGCCAACCUGUGCCCACCCCCUCUAAGCCGGGGCAGCGGGACAGUGGUGGAGUCCCCCCUGCUGGACCCUCUGCUACUCAGCCAGGAGGUGCGAGAGCAGCUGACAGCUCACCUCCAACGGAAGCGGCUGCAGCUGCUGUGGGGCUUGCCUGGCCUGGUGCACAGCUCACUGGAGAGGUCUGUGCCGGCCCUGCUGGGCUUCCUGGCGUGCACAGCCCUGCAGGCAGCCACCGACCACCAGAGGCCCCUUUUCAAGGUGGAGAGGCGGCAGUGCCUGGAGCACCACCUGAGGGAGAAAGUGGUGCAUCGCAAGUGGGGCCUCCCCAAGAGGGUCUGCAAAGCCCUCUGCUGGCCGCUGUUCCCUCCCGGGACACCACAGCAGGAAAGGCCCUCUUCCAAAGGGAGCAGCUCUCCAAAGCAGCACAGCAUUGCGGCAGCACUGGCUUGUUCUGCCAUGACCAUAGUAGCCAAAGGUGACAGAAGCUGGCGCAGCCCAGAAGCAACACCGGAGCCUUUGCCACUGGACUCGGGACUGCCACACCUGCCUGGGAAACAGUGGGAAGGUCUUCCAGGGACUGAGAAAUGGGAGCUGGGUGGGGAUGGCCCCUGGAACAGCCUGGCCACCUUGGAGCUCCUCCAGGUCCAUCUGCCCUCAGCCACACCCCAGCCUGCCCACCCGGAUAGGGCUCGGAGCCUGCCUGGGGAGGCGGGUGCUAGCGUGGAGCUCCAGCGCUGCAAGAGGCAGCAGCCAAGCUGGGGCUGGGCACCCAUUGCCCAAGGAUGUCCUCCUGCAGAGAAGAGUCCUCUUCAGCCGGCCGGGGAUUCCCCCCAGACUGCCUGGGCCAUCGCAGAUACCCAAAGAGAGCUGCCUCCACCAACCAGCAAAUGGGAUGCCGCCCGGCUGGAUCUGGUCCUUGGGGAUCUGACCCCAGCCUUGGUUUCUCUCACAGGUGGGGGGGAGCAGGCCCCGGAGCGCCACCAAGAGAGCCCCCCUCUGACUGAGCGGACUUGUUGUGCUCACUCUGCCUUCUGCCGCCGCCACCAUCACCUCCAGGAGGCCACUUUGAAGCCCUGUCCUAUGAGCCUCCUGGGGAAAGUGAUGCCUCGCACCCCUGAGGGGCUGGGUGGGCAGCCUAGUUCACCACGAGCAACAGACCUUUCCACUACCAGUCCCAGAGCAAAUCCAGGAUGUGAAAGAUUUCUUACAACUGACAAAAAGCAGUACUUUGAAUUCCACCUGCGCGAGAAGCUUCUGCAUCAGCGGUGGGGGGUGCCCAGGAGGGUGAAGGAGUCUGUGGCCAGGUCGGCCCUGUUGCAAAGCACCAUCAGGUGAGCCCCCCCCCCCUUUGCACAGGACCUGCCCCAUGUGACACUGCCAAGAUGCAGGAGCCCAGCUGGCUGCAAGGAGAGGUCCAGAACCCCAUCCACACCCCCGAGACACAGAAGUCAGAUGAGGAGCUCAAGCUGUUGUGUGAACAGCCUGGCUAGAAGAUGGCAGUGCAAGACAAGCAUGCUCAUCAUACUGGGCUUGGAUGAGUCUUCAGCGCCACUGCUUUGGACUGGAGUGCAGAUAUUUUGAGCAGGAAAUAAAUAUAUUGUUUCUGA